AACCUCUGUUCCCCUUCCAAAAGUUGCAGUCCCAGUCACAGAUAAGGAACCACACCAAACCCUCUUUCCUCACAUUGAAGGAGAUAAAACCCCAAAAAGGCAACCGUUCGCCGGCCGGAGUUUUUGGCCGGGAAAAAUGGCGAAUCUGAGAACGGCGAUGGACGCAGCAUUUUGGGACAUGAACAUAUCCACUCCGCAAGCUCUCGACGGUGCUUCCAAGGCGGUUCCCGGCGAUCCCAUACCCAUCGACGGCGGCAGAGCGAGUAAAGCCCUAAGAAUUCAGCAGCUGUCUCUGUUGGGAAACGGUUUUCCUUUGGGAAUCAUUCCGUCUUUUUCUCCUUCGGCGAAUCACAAGGAGCUUGGCUCUUUUGCGCUGCAGUCUCUCCUCGGCAAAGCCGUUGUCGGAAACUGGUGGGUUGGAUUAAUCGGGCAAUUUCGUCCGAAGAAAUUGAUAUCAUCCAUUAAAGCUGAGAUUGCUACUUCCGAUGAAUGGGACCUACCUUUGGUUAAAGAUGUCGCAAAACAAAUCGUGGACAAAUCACUCUAUGCGUUAGGACUAUGCUCACAGAUAGCAUUAACACCCUCAUCAUCCUUACUUUUGAGCACUGAAAAGCACGGUGAGAGGAAAAACCGACGAACCAAGGCUAUGCUCUUUCACCAGCUUCAAGAUCAUGAUAUUACAUUAGAAGCUGCAUGGCCUGAGCUUUUCAGAGAUCGUAAAGGAAAAUAUUGGGAAGUUCCGGAAUCUAUCUCUUUGGACUGUUCAUCCCUCAUCUGUGAGUCGGGAUUGCGUUACCGUUUUGGGAUACAUAAAAGCAGCGGCCUUCCACAGGCUGUUGAUUCCACUAAUGCAGCUGAACCACCCCUUGCUUUGCUGCCUGGACUGUGUGCGAAAGCUGCCUUUUCUUAUCAAAUGUCGAGAGACUUAUGGAGACAACAAGAAACAAAGGAGGAUGCUUUUGUAGAAACAGAGAAAGGGCAUUUUUGGCGUCCCACGUAUGAUAUUCGUCUCAAGGAGCCUCAUGCAGCUAUAUCUGGAAUUGUUGGGGGUACUUGUGAGGCAUGGUUAUUUGGUGGCAGAGGUAUAGUAUCUGUUGAUCCACGACAAGGCGAGAGUUCUUCCGGGACUAAAGAUAGAGGUCGUUUUGGUGCCGAUCUAUUUGGUUCACUAUGCUAUACUUUCCAACAUGGACAAUUCAGAAAUUUAUACGGAGACCUCACAAGGGUAGAUGCUCGUUUCGACGUCAGUUCAGCUUCUGCUUUAGCCAAAAAGACCAUCAACCUUUUCAAGACUGCACAAAAUAAUCCAUCAAGAAACGAACUCGCUUCCCCCAGACUUAAUUUAAUUUUCCAUCAGCAGGUUGCUGGGCCAAUUGUUUUUCGAGUAGAUUCCAAGAUUGCCAUCGACUCAAGUUCUGGCAAACGUGGACCCCACAUAGAAGAUCUGAUAUACAGCUUGAAUUACUCGCUGAGGGUCCUCGGUUCUGGUAAGGUGGUAGCAUGGUAUUCUCCAAAACGAAAAGAAGGGAUGGUCGAGCUUCGUCUUUUUGAAUUCUAACUCCGAGAGUUUCAUUAUCCUUUUUCGGUACUUACUCUGAGGUGAUUUUGACUCUUGUUAGCCUCUGCCUCGGGUGCGGUAGAAAUCGAUUUUUGUUACCGAUGUGCUUAUUUGUGAUUUUUAGGUACGGAGUUUCUAAUGUUGCGAAAUUACUGAAAGAAUCAUACUUUCAGGGAGGUUUUAGGCUUUCUAAAUCAUCUACACUGCUCCAUUUCUCUUUGUCCAAUUUAAUUCCAAAAUCAGAAAUUUUCAAAUCGGAAUUGAUGAAAUUCGAAAUUUCCAGUUUUUUAG